ACACAUUACAAGAACAGGAGAGCAGGCACUGCAGGGAGACCAAAAGACUUCAGAGGAAAGCUUUAAGUUGUUUUUUAGUAAUGACGUUUGGUGAUUUGCACGUUUUCACUGCACUGAUAACCAAAAGGAUUAUUCUACUUGUGAGAUCAUCUUGACGUCAUCGGACAUUAACCAACCUCAGUAGAUUGCAGCCGGGACUCUAACACAAUUCCUCCAACACAAUCACCUCCAACAUGAGCGAUGAGAGCGAGAGACACAGAACUGAAGGAAGUAAUGGGGACAGACAAGCCCCCAAUGUCAAACCCAAACUCGGCGAAAAAGAGAGGAACAGCAAGGAGGACAUGUGGAAGAAGGAGAAGCCUGGGAAGGUGAGGAGAUCCAGGAGUUCCGACUCAGAUAGGGUGGAGAGAGACAGGAGGAGAGAGCGAGACAGGCAUCAGGGAGAGAGAAGGCAGCGGGGGAGGAGUGAGGAGACCCGGGGACAAAAUAGAAAAGGACGAGAGAGCAUUCGGAGAAAGGUGAAGCCCCCUGAAAAUGAUGUGGAGGACACUGAGUGUGCCGUGUGUUUCUGCUCAUACGAUAACAUUUUCAAGACCCCAAAGUUGCUGGUGUGCGGGCACACCUUCUGCCUGGAGUGUCUUGCUCGCAUCAACGUCACCUCUCCUGAGCUCAAGACCCUGUGCUGCCCAGUAUGUCGAGAGCUGACCGAACUCCCCCACGGCCAGGACCUGCCCCGCCUGGGCAACAACAAAGACAUCAUAGGUAAACUCCCUCCAGAGAUGCACAGAGUCCUGUCCAUCCGAUUCAAACGCAGCAAGGGCAAACUGCUCCUGAAGAACCGUCCCCACAGCAGCACACCGAAGAUCCUCACCCUGCCUAAAAAGAGCCAAGGUGGCCAGGUGACAGCAGGUGGUGACCUCCCCUUGAGUGCACUUGAGCAGGGAUUAGCCCCCACCACUGUGGUGGAUGUAGGCAGGCCUCCCAACAGGGUCAGAGGUCGCCUGCGCAGGUUGUUCCGCUCGGACCAGUGCUACUACAUCGUGGUGGCGUCCAUCAUCACCAUCACUGUAGCACUCAUGCUGAUGGGGAUUUUGGCCUUUGUGAUCAUACCAAAUGUAGCCAUUCCCAUAAAUAAUGGGAACCACACAUCACAACAUCCCCAAGAUGAAAACAAUCCAGAACAUAGACCCUGAAGGGGUUCAGGGGAGGACACGAGCUGCAGAGAUGAGACUAAAUUGAAGGACUUUUUGCCUCUUUUUGUCCUGUUGUAAAAGAAACUAAGCACUGGGACACGGUAAGGCCAUGUAGUGACGUAAAAAAUACAGGUAAACAAGGGUAGCAACAUUUUUUUUACAAAGGACACACAGGUUCGAAGUUGCACAUAUUGAAUAGGGCAAACAGGGCCAGCACGCUUUUUUUCCCCUUCUCUCUUUUAAACUGUGUAAAGGGUUAAGAAACUGUCCAUAAUGAAUAAUAACCUGUAAAUGUUGAAAUGUUGAAAAUGCUGUGAUGAAAAUACUUGAGUAUCUUUUGAUUGCAUUCUCGUUCUUAUAACUUGUGUUUAAAGACCAAGUCAUUGUACAUAGUCAUUGAAUAUUUAUUUACUUGUAUAUACAAAUUAUUUCUUAAAGGAAGGGAUUUUUUUCCUCAAAUAAAGUUUUAUUUGAGAUUUUGAAA